AUGGGGUGGUUUGGAAACCAAGAUUUGUCUGCCAAGUUUGGCAUUGUUCUUGGUGGUGCAAUCUUCAUCGUAUUAUCCGCUGGCCUGAUAAAAGUAUGGCUCAACAAAAGAAAGCUCGCAAGAAAUAUCCAAAUCGAGGAACUUGAGAAGGCAAACAGCACGCAAGAGAGACUCAAUGUAGAGGAGCUUGGGGAAGGUGAUCUCUUUGGUGUUCGAGCAAUCGAAAGAGGUUUCUUCGGAGGUGUUUCACAAUCUCGAAGCAACUCUCCCGCCCAAUCAAUGUUCGGUUCACCCUCAACAACUGCGGUCGACUUGACAGAGACUUCCAGAGCACUUGAGGCUAUGAGAGGUCCAUCGGCUGCUAGCAGCAGUGAAAUUAGUUUAUCGAGACGUUCCAGCGAGGUCUCCGCUCCCAAAUCGAUCAAGCAUAAGCCAUCGCCUCUCCGCUUACAGCCUUCUGAGGCGGAAAUCAGACGCUCUGCUUUGCCUAAUGUUGGAGGCUCAUACAUACCACCAUCACCAAUCAAGGAGGUCCAGCCACAAUCGGACUCGAUUGCAGUUCAAUUCGGUAGAACCUCAGCUUCUGAGUCUCCCCCUAGCAGAACUCGAUCUGAAGAGGAGGUAUCCCAACUACAUUACCAAGGAGAGGUUCCACGCAACUUUAUGUUUCUAGCAGGUCAGCACGCGAGCGUUAGAUCCCAAGCAGGAUCUAUAUACGGCAGUGCCGAACCAUCGCCUCAGAACCAAGCCAAGAUUCCCAAGAUCCCCACAGCACCAGCUCCAACCCACGUCUUUGGAUUCCCUUCCCGAUUGUCCGGACGACCACGAUCUACAUCCUCCGAAGAAGAAUCUUCCAGCAGUGAUCGUUUCUCAUCCUCCUCUCCCGAAUUACCCGUCCCCGCCAUCCCCUCUCCCUACAAAAUCUCCUACCAACCCACCACCCUCCUUGAACAAGAAUCCAACUCCAAACCCCGCUCCUAUCAACCCACCCAGCCUUCCGAAUCUGAACCCCAAUCCGACUUCUACACCCACUACCGCGAACCCAGCGUCGCCAACUCCAUCCUCACUACCCGCACAUCCAUCCUCGACGACCCCUCUCUCUCCCGUUCCGGCUCUGUAAACGUCCGCGGCCGUCCCGCUUACAAAUCCAACUCCCGCACUCCUUCCGCCGCCUACACCCAUGGUCAAAUAUCCCGCACCCACGAUUCUCUCCGCAUGUCUCGCAAAGCUUCGCUCCAAACACAGGAACAUCGAAUUUCGCGCGAGAGAGACCAGAUGCACUACGAUCCAACGCUAUCCUCUGGGCCCGCGGUGAGAAAUCGCAGCGGGAGUGUGCAAGGACGCGCGGUGGAUUUCGAUCGUCCGAGAGAAAGUCCGUUUAGUAAUGCGAAUGCGAUCGCGGGGUCAGAACACGAUAGACAGGAAAGUUACUCGAGUGUGAGUACGGCGAGUAGUAGGGAGAGUUCGAGGGAGGGGAGAGGAAGGAGUGGGAGUGUGGGGGAAGAGGAGUGGAGAGGGAGAGGAAGGGGAAGAAGUGUGGUUGGGGAGACGAUUGUGGAGGUUCUGACGCCGAUGACGAGUCGGGGGCAGAGGUUUGAUGCUAGUGAUUUGGUUUAG